AUGGCCAACCAUCUCAACUACAGCUACCCCACCACUGUGACAGAAAGGGGGAACCUCUGGAAGAACCAGGCUGAGCCAGCAAGCUCACAGAUAGGUGGCUCCUCCCAGAAGUCAGAGUGUAGCCCUGUGANUGAGGAGAGGUUGGGACACUUUUUCCUUGCUAAUGGGAUUACGGAAGAGGCAAAGAAGCGCUCUAUUCUCCUGAGUGUGUGCGGGGCAAGGACGUAUAGGCUCAUAAGGAACUUGGCCACGCCACGGAAACCGGGGGAGAUCCCGUAUGCUGAACUUGUCCAACUCGUGAGUAACCACCACAACCCCAAGCCCUCAGUGAUAGUCCAGCGGUUUAAAUUUCACAGUCAUUUUAGGAAGCCUGGACAGUCUAUAGCUAACUUUGUAGCUGAGCUUCGACAGUUGUCAGAGCAUUGUGACUUUGGGACAGUAUUAGAUGAUAUGCUCCGUGACAGGCUGGUUUGCGGAAUAAAUAAUGAGGCCAUACAGCGCCGCCUGCUCGGAGAAGCCCCACCUUUGUCUUUCCAAAAAGCACUAGAAAUUUCCCAAGAUAUGGAGAUGGCUGCGAACAAUGCCAAAGACAUUCAGAAAGGACAUGGAGGGUCACAGAUGGUACAAGUGCACCAGAUCCGGAGAGAAUCUGAUAAAGAGGCUGUUAAAGGCACAAAACUAGUGGAAUGUUUUCGGUGUGGAGGACCACACUUUGCAAAUGACUGUAAAUUUAAAGAUGCUGUUUGCCAUGCAUGUAAUAAAAAGGGACAUUUAGCUAAAAAGUGCAGGAGCUCAAAGGGGAAAGGCAAACUAACACGAGCAAAAGCCCAACAGGCUGACACAUAUCACCUCAAGGAGGAGGACAUGGAUGCUGUGUGUGCCUAUAAUAUGUUUGGAGUUGAAGCAGAGGGCGACGAGACUGUUGAUACACCGCCAGAGCCCUAUUAUGCCACAGUCAAAGUCAGUGGGCAGGACAUUAAGUUUGAGAUUGAUUCUGGGGCUACAGCAUCAGUUAUCAGUGAGGAAACGUACAAGCGGACGUGGCAGUCUGACCUACCUCCCAUUCACCCAUCAAAGCUCAGGCUCAGGACUUAUACAGGGCAGCCCAUUCCACAUAUAGGAGUGCUCUUCGUGGACAUUGCAGCUGAAGGUCAGAGAGCAAGAGCAAGGCUGGUGGUUGCAAAAGGGGGUGGACCUAGUCUUUUGGGCCGGGAUUGGCUCCGCAAAAUCAGGCUGAACUGGCAUGACAUAAAGUAUGCUACCGCACCUAUGUCAACUGAAACCAUUCUGCAGAAGUACAGUGAUGUUUUCAGAGAUGAGUUGGGUAUGCUGAAAGGGGUUACAGUGAAGCUGCAUGUUGACCCUGAGGCUACACCACGGUUUUUUAAGCCCAGACCUGUGCCGUAUGCCAUGAAAGGCAAGUACGUGUUGCGUGCAUUCUUUCUAGGGAUGGUCAACUAUUACGGCAAGUUUUUGCCUGACCUCUCAAAGGUUUUGGCCCCACUGUACAAACUGCUUCGCAACGACACAAAGUGGAAGUGGGAUCAGGAGCAAGAAACAGCUUUUAAGGAAGUUAAAGAGCUCCUCCACUCUGAAAGACUUCUGGUUCAUUUCGACCCUGAGAAAGACAUUUCGCUGUCAUGUGACGCCUCCCCCUACGGAGUCGGGGCGGUGUUGUCACAUGUGAUGGAGGACAGUUCUGAGAAGCCCAUUGCUUUUGCUUCAAGGACCCUAACUACAGCAGAGAAGGGUUACUCACAGUUAGACAAGGAAGGUCUAGCGGUGGUAUUUGCAGUAAAGCGUUUUCACCAAUACCUCUAUGGCAGGCCAUUUACGAUUGUUACAGAUCAUAAACCACUGCUAAGCUUGUUCAGUGAGGUUAAGUGCAUCCCACCACUAGCUUCAGCCAGGCUACAGCGCUGGGCUCUCACGCUAUCAGCUUAUCAGUACACCAUUCUGUACAGGGCAGGUAAGGACAAUGCAAAUGCUGAUGCUUUGAGUCGAUUGCCUUUGCCGGAGGCCCCGUCUUCUACAUAUGUGCCGCCGGAGACUGUGUUUUCCUUAGAGAGACUUGCAGACAUGCCCAUAAAAGCAGCUCAAAUCAGACACUGGACUGACAGGGACCCAGUCCUCUCCAGAGUCAAGACACUCCUUUUGCAAGGCUGGCCAAAUGCUGUGGAAGGGGAGGAGCUGCGGCCGUAUGCUAAACGUAAAACAGAACUGAGUUUGCAAGAUGGUUGCAUCUUGUGGGGGUCAAGAGUUGUCGUACCUCCUCCUGGGCGUAAGCGGAUUGUUGAGGAAAUACAUGAGACACACCCAGGAAUGUCUAGGAUGAAAAGUCUAGCAAGGUCCUAUGUCUGGUGGCCAAAAAUGGAUGAGGAUCUAGAGAAGAAAGUAAAGUCAUGUACACAGUGUCAGACUCAUCAGAACAUGCCACCACCAGCCCCUUUGCACCCAUGGGAGUGGCCUGACCGCCCCUGGUCCAGAUUGCAUUUGGACUUUGCUGGUCCCUUUCUGGGACAAAUGUUGAUGAUAAUGGUGGAUGCCCAUUCUAAAUGGAUAGAUGCUCAUAUCAUGAAUAACAUCACAGCCACCUCCACCAUAGACAAACUCAGACAGGUGUUUGCAGUUCAUGGGUUACCUGACAGCCUAGUCACAGAUAAUGGACCAACGUUCACAAGUGAGCUGUUCACUGAAAUCAUGCAACAGAAUGGAAUUCAUCACAUUAGGACGGCUCCUUUUCACCCUGCCUCGAAUGGUUUGGCAGAGCGGGCUGUGCAGACUGUAAAAGAAGGCUUGAAGCGGAUGACAGGAGAUUCUCUGAGCAUGAGGCUUUCACGUUUCUUGUUCAAGUACCGCCUCACGCCACAGACAACAACUGCAUGCACCCCAGCUGAAAUGCUGAUGGGGCGCAGGCCUAAAUCUAGGUUGGACCUGCUGCACCCCGACAUAAAGGCACGAGUGAAGGAGAAGCAGGAAAGCCAGAAAAACAGACAUGAUCAUUGUGCACGGCAGAGACUGUUGAAACCUGGUGACCGUGUCUAUGUGAGGAACUUCAGCAGUAAUUACACAGUGUCAUGGCUGCCUGGGGUUGUUCUGAGACAAACUGGUCCAGUCUCAUAUGUUGUUAAAUUGGCAGAUGGACGUGUGUUUCGCAGGCAUCAGGAUCAUGUGUGCCUACGCUAUGACGCAGACCCUGAAGAGGAAAACUCCACAGAUUGUUCAUUAGUGGGACAGUCCACUGUGGGAGAGCAUUCUCCAGUGACAGUGCAAGAAAGAGAACCACAGGGAGAGUUACUGGUUCCCUCUGAUGAAGUGGGANAUAGAUAA